AUGGCUCGAACUGUCGGGAUUUCGUUCGGCACGUCUUUGUUUCGGACAACACUGAACUGUUAUAUAUUACUAUCAGCUUUAUUGAGUGUAGUGAUAUCUGUAAAUCCUCAGACUUGUCGGGAAUGUAUAUUACGUAACACUUGUCGACCGCCAACGUGUUCUUGCUGCAAUGACAAUAUGCCAAUAUUGGCGAGAAACGAUACACCACAGAUGGUGUUUUUCACGUUUGAUGACGCGAUCACUCCAACGGUGGCCAAUUUCUACAGAGAACUGUUUGAUACCAACAGAACUAAUCCAAAUGGAUGUCCUGUUAAAAUGACCCUAUUUGUUUCUCAUGCAAAUACUGUAUACAGUCUAGUCAACGAGUUUUACAGAAAAGGGAUGGAAAUUGGUGCACACAGUGUCUCUCAUGGCCACAUGAAUAAAUGGACUUUUAAAUCAGAGGCGAAAUCACAAAAAGAAAAUAUAGCGCGAAAGGCAGGUGUACCAAUGUCAGAAAUCAAAGGAUGGCGAAGUCCAUUUUUGGAGCCUAUCGGAGACGCUCAGCCAAAAUCACUCAAUGAGCUAGGUUAUACGUACGACGCCACUCUCACAAUUAGUAAAAAAGGGUUGAAGAAACCUCCUAUACCGUUCACAUUAGACUAUGGAUGGCCGUACGAUUGUAAAAUUAAACCUUGCCCACAGUCUUCCCAUAAAGGAUUCUGGGAAGUACCAGUAAUAUCCGUGAUGGACCACUUGGAGCGAUUUGACUGUGUGUACGUCGAUGGAUGUCAUACUCCACCUCCUAACGAGGAAACUGCAUUCAAGUUCCUAUGGGAUAAUUUCAAUACAUAUUAUAGUGGAAACAGAGCUCCAUUUGGUAUGAAUAUGCACGCUUCUUGGUUUUACUAUCCCGAUCGGCUCCGUGCAAUGGACAGAUUUAUCAAGGUCCUCAACAAACUUCCUGACGUGUAUAUGGUAUCGGUGAGUCAGGUCAUUGAUUGGCUCAAAAACCCAACUUCGCUGUCAGAUAUACAUUACUUUAAGCCUUGGGGAUGUAAAAACCCCAAAAUAACGUCGCAUCACCAUAGCCGAUUGCCCAAAAAAGUACCCCGUGUAAAGGCUUCACCCAGUACAAGCAGGUUGAAUACUCAACAUAAGCAAGCUGAACAACAAAGACAACUGCGAAUACAACAGGCUAAAAACAGUUUUAUGCUUCGACAAAAACAGAGACAAAAGGCACAGCAGAAGCUAUUUCAGCAACACGGAAUACAAAAUCCACAGCAGAGGGCUACUCAAUCGUCAAAAACAGUACAGACAAAGAACAAAGUACCAUUCGCUAGCGGCACCUUAGGGCGUCAGCAGUACAUUUGGUUACAGAGGCAAAGGGCUAGACCGAAUCUUAAUGCCAGGAAGCAUACUUCUCUAGGAAAGACGCGAAUGUCCUGGCAAAAAGCAUUAAGACAUCAAGUGAUGCAUCAUAUACAGCAAAGUAUGCCAUCAACGACUCCAAGCGUGUUGUGGAAUUCUAUGAUGAAUCCAAAACCUGUAACGCCUACGAAAGAACAACUACAAAGACAGAAAGAAGAACUAUUAAUGAAAAGGAAGAGUAAACAACGCGAAGAACAAAGAAGGCUUAUGAAAGAACGUCAGGCAGCCGAACAAAAAGUUAUAAAAGAAGAAAAACGUCUUGCUGAGCAAAAACGUCAGGAUUCAUUGAUUCAUGCAAAGAAAGAAAGCAUGAUAAAAUCCAAGCAUUCGAACCUCACACCUCGUAAUAAAAACAAAAAAAUAACGACAGAUUCACCUGUUCGACAAAAUAUCGUCCAUACAAAGAAAGAAUUAAGAGAUCUUUUGAGGUUUGCUGAGAGUAAUCUUGUUCAAUCACGUCUUCUAUUUGGUGUGGGAAAUUAUCCAAAGGCACAAGAACAUCAGUCAAAAAGCAAAAAAUUGUCUGAAUUAAAACCAACCCAUAAAAGUGUAGAGCAACCUAAACAACCGAAAACGGUAACAACAACAGCAGCAACAACAACAACAGAAUCUGUGAGAGAAAAAACGACAAAAGUGUCAAAAUUUUCAAAAAUGAAGGAAAUUCCAUCAGCGAAACAAACCGUUAAUUCACAUAAUUUCCUAUUUGAUAGUUUUCAAGACGUGGUUGGAAAUAACAAGGAACUAUGGACUUGGGCAAUACCUAAAAAGCGAAAAAGCAAGAAGGUUGAGAAAAUACAAUCAACACUACCACCUAUCAAAGUUGCUACAACAGGAGGUUUUAUCAAUUUUAAUCCUACCACUGUAUAUUCGUCAGUUCGCUCCAAGCAGACUGAUAUCAAAUCCGGCAAGGAAUUAACUAAACUACAACAAAGUACGGUUGCACCUGUCUUCCAAGCCUCAUCUGUACAAUAUUCUUUUCCAGAGGAAGCUACACUUAUUGAACCUAACAGGGGUCUCGACCGAUCCAUUACGCCGCUAUCCCUGGGUGCUAAACUGACAACGAUGCACAACACAAGGGAGACAUGUAAUCAAGGAGUUACGUGCAUUCUUCCAGCCUGUAAUUGUUUGUCCUCUGUUACCCCUGGUAACCUUCAAUCAGCGGACAUCCCUCAAAUCAUAUACAUAACCAUUGAUGGAGAUAUCAAUUUUUCGGGUUUCACAAAAAUGCGUUCAUUGUUUUCCCGUCGACGAAAGAAUCCUGACGGAUGUCCUAUUGGAGCAACAAUGUUUGUGUCCCCCACUCGAUCUUCUGUUCGCUUGGUAGAUCGUUUAAAUAAGGAUAAUGUUGAAAUUGCUAUCCAGGGUAGUAAAUCCCUCGAGCAACUAACUGGGAAUUUGUUAUCGUCAGAAAUUGACAGUUAUAGAUCAAAAUUAUCUCAAACAACCUCUUUGUCCACCAACCAAAUCACGGGAUACAGAGGUCUGGACUUCAAGCCUUUAAGUGACAAUGGAAUGCAGGUUUUGCAAAAUAAAUCUAUGUUCGAUUCUUCAAUGAUUACCAAAUCGAAUGUGUGGCCAUUCACCCUCGACUAUGGAUGGAAAGGAAAUUGUGAAAACGGUGCAUGUCCAAAAGACACAUACGCGGGAGUUUGGGAAGUACCUAUAGUACCAGUAAUGAAUAGCAAGACAAAGGAAAGCUGUAACUAUGCAGACGGAUGUAAAAGCCAACCAAAUACAAAGGAAGAUACAUUCAAAUUUUUACUCGAAAAUUUUAACCGACAUUAUAGAUCAAAUCGUUCGCCUUUCGGAAUACAUCUCAGUCAAAAAUGGUUCCACUGGUAUUACCACCAUAACCUCUCGGGGCUUAACAAAUUCCUGGAUCGCGUGCUGCUUUUACGGGAUGUGUAUAUAGUAUCAGUUUCUGACUUGAUCGAUUGGGUAAAACAACCCACUGCUCUAAACCAUCUUCACAAAUUCCGACCAUGGCGAUGUUGA